AUGGGAGCCCCCAAGUUGAAGGAUUCUCUCAAGGCCGCUAAGGCCAACGACAAGGCCGCCAAGCUGACUGCCAAAAAGGGCGUUCUUCCCAAGCCCAAGGACCUGGCAGUAGUUGCCAAGCAGCAGAUUGCGCACGAGGACGAUGGAGAUGAUGAGGAGGACGAAGAUGAUGAAGAGGAAGACGAGGAGGACGAGGAGGACGAGGAGGACGAGGACAAGACUCCUGUUCUGUCUCGAAAGGAGGCUCGAAAGAUGAAGAAGCUUGCUGCUGCUGCUGCUGCUGCCGAGGAGGACGAUGAUGAGGAAGACGAUGAUGAGGUUCCCCAGCUUUACGACACCACCCGUCUCGAUCUGUCCGAGUCCGAAUCCGAGAUUGAGAAUGUCGAGAACGAGGUGGAGGACAUUCCCCUGUCUGAUGUGGAGCUCGAUUCCGACAACGACGCCAUCCCCUACCAGAAGGUGACCAAGAACAACAAGCCUGCCCUGAUGCAGGCCAAGGCUCGAAUCUCGUUGCCCUACGCCAAAAUGACCUUUGUCGACACCCUUGUGCAUACGUCUGGAGCCAUCGAGCUCAAGGACAUCUACGACGACAUGGAGAAGGAGCUGGCGUUCUACAAGCAGGGUCUGGAUGCUGCCAAGGUGGCUCGAAAGGAGCUGCUCAAGGCCAAGGUUCCGUUUACCCGACCUCUGGACUACUUUGCCGAGAUGGUCAAGUCCGACGAACACAUGGAGAAGCUCAAGCAGAAGCUGAUCGAGGAAGCCACCUCCAAGAAGGCUUCCGAGGAGGCACGACGACAGCGAGACCUCAAGAAGUUUGGUAAGAAGGUGCAGCACAACAAGCUGCAGGAGCGAGCCAAGGACAAGAAGGAGACUCUGGAAAAGAUCAAGUCCUUGAAGCGAAAACGAGCUGGCCAGGAGAUGACCUCCGAGGAGUUUGACAUUGCCGUCGAGGAGGCGGCUGCCGACAACCAUAAUAUUGAGGGCAAGAACCACAAGAGACAGGCCAAGGAUGCCAAAUUUGGAUUCGGUGGCAAGAAGCGAUUCCGAAAGGCCAACACCUCCGAGAGCUCGGGCGACCUGUCGGGCUUCAACCAGAAGAGAAAUAACGCUCCUGUUAAGAAGCGUCAGCAGUCGAGACCCGGCAAGAGUCGACGAAACCGGGGUUAG